UCCCGCCCGUGCAUCUGGGUUACCUUGCGUCGGCACGCAACCAAUUUAUUGCUUCUCUGCUGCCCAGAGUCAAUGGAAGUCGCCUGCUGCUCGUCAUGGAACAACAGCUUUCGACGUCCAAAGUGACGGUCGAGUACUUCGAUCCUCACGAUGUCUACAAACUUCUUGCCCCUGGCCUUGUCCCGCGGCUCCCAUUGCAUAAUCUUCACUGGCAGUCGCACUCAGGCCCCCUACGAUCUAUAGACUCUCUCCAUAUUGACCUUGUCGAAGGCGACGACAGCGUAACCCCAACAGCUACGCCCGCCAACGCUUCUACCACAUCUCUCGCCAGCAGCACUACGCGCGACGAUGGCUUCCAAACACAGCAAGUCAGCGGCCAGACCUUGAAGUCAGAUAGUGCUUCCGAAGUAGCUUCCACACCGCGAACACCAAACACUCGACGACACCAAAUCCCCGGCUUGCGCCACACUCCUUACCUGAAGGUGCUGCUGGUUCGAUGCGACGACAACGACUCCUAUAAAAAUACAGUAAGAACCGAGGUCCGUGAAUGGAUCAAAACACAUACACCGCCGUCUACUUCGACGAAAAAGGGUAGCAAUCAGGAAAACCAUGAUGCCUUUGAGUGGAUGGUCAUUCAUGUUGUGCUGCCAAACACAGCUGCAGCCACGCAGCCUAGAUCCAGCGGCAAGACGGAUGCAUCUGGUGCAGAAAUUAAGACUACCACAUCACGAUGGCGCCCCGGUACGACCCCGCUGCUUGAGAAGCUUCGAUCUGAUUUCAAUGCCACUAGCAAGGGUGCGCCCGACCGAGUCUGCCAGAUCCGCAUUGGUAUCAACGAUGUUCCAUAUGAUUUGCUCCCUCGCGUUGUUCCAGCAGUCCCAUCUGGCUACGCGGAAGUUGAGCAGGAUGCAGAACGUGCUUGGGCGGACCUUAUGACGAGGUUCAAGACACUUAUUCUUAGCUCCUUUGACCAACGAGUAACACAAUACGAGGAAGACAUCAAAGAAAAGGACACGCAGCGUAGCCUGCCAGGCUGGAACUUUUGUACAUUCUUCAUUCUCAAAGAAGGCCUUGCGCGUGGAUUUGAGAAUGUCGGUUUGGUGGAAGAUGCUCUUGUUGGAUACGAUGAACUCAGCGUCGGUCUUGAUAUGGUGCUGGCUGAACAGGCACAGAAAGGAGAGCCAGAAAGCCACGGCGGCGCCAUGCUUGCAUUCACAGAGGAGCUCCGAGAAAUGGCCAGCAAAGCCAUCUCUGGUGCAUCUGGGGACGAAGAGGAAGCUGUCGACAUGCAGUCCAAAGACCCCCAAGACGCCAAGUUCGACGAGAUCCCGAUUAGCUCGGUCAAGAAGGCCUAUCGCGACAUGAUUCUCGCCAACAAAGUCUCGGUCUUUGACUUUCGCUGUUACAUAUUUGCUCGCCAAAUUGCUCUCUUGCUACGACUUGCCAACACGUCCUUUACGAGAGAACAGUUGCUAUCUAGACUUAAAGAGCAGCAGGAAUCCAUCUUGGAAAUGCACGGCAUUGCUCCCAUGGCAAAGGCUAUUCCUCAAAAAGAGGAUGAAACUGAAAACCUUGCCGUCUUGGCCGAGAUUUGUCGACGAACCCUGGAAUUCAUACCUCUUGUUGCCGACGUAAUGCGACGUGACAUAAUGACUGCUUUACUUACCAAGGGCGGCUCCGUGAAGGAUACCAGCAAACAACUUGCUCCCUCUAUAAACCAAACAAUCGAUAACCUGGUUGCCUCAUUUUCCUUCGCCGUCGCGCAACAGAUCCUUGCACAGACCUCGACCAACGCGCUGCCAAUCUCAACAGCAAACUUCUUGUCUGAUGAACCAAAGUCGGCCAUUCCCGAACCAAAGACCAUGAUGCACCCAGCUCGCAAUUCAUCGUUAAAUGAGCGGAGUCCACGAACACCCUCCACGGCAUCUUCUGAUAUUCCUGCAACGCCCGUCAGUCCUGGUGUAUUCCCAGGUCCAGGCCGCAUAGCGUCAUCUGACCCUGCUGAUAAAAACGUCUCAUUCGGACAGGCUGGUACAGAAGACCUCGCCGCUGGUCGAGCAGAGCUUUACAUGAUUUCGAGAAACAUUCUUCGCAACAUUGGCAAGAAGAGAGGCUGGAGUAAUGGAUGGGAGGAAGCGCCUUUAGUAGGUGAUUCCGGCAUUGAAGCAAUGGAAGACAUUAGCCUGGAUGACGAUCAACCACUACCAUCGCCCAUGACUGCUGAUCUUCAGGAAUCUGCCACUUUUGGAAUCAACAGCAAACUCAUGGCAUCUGCUAUCGAGAACUCUGAAGAUUUCUACCGCCUAUACGAGAUUAUGACAUGCAAAGCUAUGAACCACUACGCCGUGGCUAGUCAGGCACAGGCUGUACAUACUUGUCUGGCCGACAUGGCCGUUCUGAAAUACUUUCUCAAGGAGUAUAGAGAAGCAGCACAAGCCUUUAGCCAAACAACACCUCAUUUUGGAGAGUCAGGCUGGAGCAUUCUUGAACUGUCAAUGCUCAUCAUGUACGCUCAUUGUGUUCGCGAGAGCCAGUCUCAAGACGACUAUGUCAUUGUAGCUGUCAAGCUCAUUGUCAUGGCUUGUGCGGCUAACAAGGCCGAAAGGGCAUUAAGAAUAGGCAAGUCAACAAUCAAACAAGACCUCGAUAUGGCACCUAUCAAGGAGGUUGCGGAAACGCUGUUUGAGCUUUCCAGUUCUAUUGCACGCGAAGUGCGCGUACCCUUGUUAAGCUUAUUCAAUAACGUCGAGCUCUUCGGGCCACCUGUCUAUCAUGAGAGCCAAGACACAUGCAUCUUGACUGUUGAUCUUGAUAGCCUCUUACCCGACGACCUCACUGUCGACUCGAUGCAUCUCCGAGCCACCUGUAUCGACAACGGGCCUGUGAAGGAACUCGUCUUUGAACAGAAGAAAGGUGCUAUGUUAGCUUCUGGUCAUACCAAAAUCACACUUUCCUCCAACUCCGCAAUUCCUGGCAUUUUCCGAGUCGACCACUAUUCCAUGAGAAUUGGUAAGAUUCUCAUCAACUUUGAUAGAGACGUUACCGCCCCAACAUCUCCUCUAUUCAAGGAUGCCAGCUUUAGCAUCUACCAACGCGCCGAGGCGUUUGACGUUAGCCUCGUCGCCAGCAAACACACUACAUUCGGGCGCAACAAUGGUCUCGACAUUCAAAUUCACACUGGUUGGAACGACGUUGCCAAGUGUGAAGUGCGCAUUAAGCCUAGCACAGGUGGUAUGCGACUGCUUACCACUGAGGCUACCAUUAUCGACUCCGAAAUUCAAAUGGCAAAGCCUCCAGAAGCCGGCCUGUUCCACUUCAAAGCGAUCCCCGCAGACACUGGCGUGACCAUUCGCUUCCCGUACUCUGUCGAGCUGGAUCUAGGUGAUGUGUUUGCCAAGGUCGAUGCAACAUACACCACGGCUUCAGGAGAAUCCUUCCAGUUUGCAAAGUCAUGCACCGUCCCGGUUUCCCUUGCCCUUGGCGUCAACGUCCAAGACGUCUUCAAACAAGAGCAACUCUUUUCAAGAUUCACAAUAUCCACAGCAACCGCAAACCCGCUACGGCUCUACAAGAGCGAGCUCCAAAACACAGAGCUCUUUGAGGCUUCGUUUGGCGCGCCGCCCGAGAACGCCGUCACCAUCUUCGCGAAGCAGCCAGCAAACCUCCUCUAUAAAAUCAAACCAAAAAAGGGCAUCAAGAUUACCCGGACCACAUCCAGGACUAUGCAUAUCAAGCUAUACUACAGCACCCUGGAAUCAGAGAUUACCCAACUCAUCUCAGAAUCCAUCACAGCCGCUCUCAAAGAGAAGUCCCUGCAGGCAUAUAUUCGAGUUGUCAUGGCCGCCGUCUCCGCGGAGAUCAAACAGCUGCUCCGACCCCAGGACCUUGAGCGUGCAGUUCUCCUCGGUGAAGUCUCUACGAGCUUCCUCGGCAACAUCUCCUGGGCAAACCACCUUACCAGUCUUGGCCUACUAACCAAGACGCAAACGCCUGCUGCCACGGCGGUCACAGAGUGUCUAGAGGCCUGGUACGCUAGCACACACCGCAUCCCGCUAUCACCAACAGAGUCGCCAUCGACCAUUUCGAUCCCUGUUGAGGUGCCGUCCGUAACCAUCGUCCACACGGCAGAUAUCCGUCUCAACCACGCAAAGAAGGCCAUAUCACAGACUAGUGACGCAGCUAGUGCUGUUGUCGUCAACCAAGUUAUCCCAGCCACGCUACAUCUCAAAUGGACUCGCAUUUGGGAUACCGAGGGAACCCAAGGCGAUGACUUGGAAUUUAGCUACGAUGUCACAGCUCCUGCGGAUGCUUGGCUUAUCGGCGGUCGCCGCAGAGGCCAUUUUAUUAUUCCCGGGGCCGAGGAUGAUGCUAGUCUCUCGUCUACUACGGAAACCGAGGCAGAGAUUCCGUUGAUCUUGAUUCCCCAGCGCGAUGGGUGGUUGCCGUAUCCAACAGUGGAAAUACGCGAGGUUCAGCCUGGAGACCAAGACCCAGACGCUACGAUAUCGCAUCAGCACAGCUGUGAAAUUGACUGGCGCAACCUAGGUGAGACUGUUCGUGUUAUCAGCAGCACAGCCGGCAUUACAGUGAGCCUGGAUGCAAGCGGACCAAACGGCGGGCCUCUGGUGAUUGAAAGCGAAAGUCGAGCGCAGGCAACGGACUCCAGGAUACUCUCUUAACUAUUUUAGCGGCUUUUGUAACGAUAUACUAGAACUUAUUCGUAUAUUCAAUCUACGAUGUUCUCUUUGUAACAGCAUGCUAUGGUGUCAUUAUUAAUACGUCUCUCCUUCAUAGUCCCGAAACAUUAAGUUUGUGACACAGCGUAAAGAUGUCUUCGCAACUAUAAUACAAUCGUGACUCUUGGCUCAGUAGCAUAUUCCGUGAGAUGCCAAUCGUCGGCAUUCAUCUUCUCUCAA